GGCGCUCGUGACGAAGCUGCUGUCACUCAUUCAUGCGCGGCCGCGGCGAGCGCGCGCGACGUCAGGGAGAUCUCUGGGAGAGGGGAGGGCGGUGACGUCACCGCCGGCUCCUCGCCUUUAAAGGUCGUCGGCGCGCGCGGCGCUCAGACCCGCAGACGGACGCAGCCCCGCCAGCACUCCGCGCGCUCAGGCGCUCCUCUCCUCUCCGGCUCCUGCAGCUCCUCCUGGAUGGAGCAGGCGCGCCUCCCCCGCAGCCCGCGGCUCUGAACCCGCGCGCCUCCCCGCACCGUCCGCCCCGGGCCGCGGCGUCCUCCCCGCCCCCCCGCCGGCCGCCGUCCGCCCCGUGACUCCGGUGUCGUUGUUCCCAUGCGAUUCUUCAGACUCACAUUCAAGUGCUUCGUGGAUUGUUUUUGAAGGUCGCUCGCGCCGCGCCGCGCGCCUCCUCCUCCUUUUUCGUUUCCCGCUUUGAUUUGACCUUUUUUCUGACCCAGACGAACCCGAUUCUAGACCCUGUGCUUCGAACCCGCUCGUCAGACCUGAAUGAACCUCUGUGACAGAACCGAACCCUCCUCAGACAGCAGGCGGAGGCGCGGGACGACCCGCCGGUUCUGACGGGACUCCGCAGGGUCCAAAACUGUGACGUUCACGGAGAAGUUCUGACAUAGAAACUUCUCUGAACCGGUGGAGUUAGCGCAGCCGCUGCUGGACUGAGCCUGUCAGAACCGGAACCAGAGUUCCUGAUGGAGAAGCAGGCUCUUCCCGCCUCCUCUCUCAUCCUGGAGGACAAGGUGAGCCACCUGUCCAACGGCGCAGCCACGUACCCCCUCCCCGCAGCCAACGGCAGCCUGGUUCCGUUGGCGGUCUCUGGGGGCGGGGCCGCCGGGGCUGGACAGGACAAGACUGUGACAGUGGGUGUGGCCAACGGGGCGGGGCCAGGGUACCAGGAGAGGGAAACAUGGACCCGGCAGAUGGACUUCAUCAUGUCCUGCGUGGGCUUCGCUGUAGGACUCGGGAACGUGUGGAGGUUCCCGUACCUGUGCUACAAGAACGGAGGAGGAGUCUUCCUCAUCCCGUACCUGCUGAUCGUGUUCGUUGGAGGAAUUCCCAUCUUCUUCCUGGAGAUCGCGCUGGGUCAGUUCAUGAAGGCCGGAAGCAUCAAUGUGUGGAACAUCGCUCCUCUCUUCAAAGGGCUGGGCUUCGCCUCCAUGGUGAUCGUGUUCUUCUGCAACACCUACUACAUCAUGGUUCUGGCCUGGGGCUUCUACUACCUGAUCAAGUCCUUCAGCUCCACGCUGCCCUGGUCCUCCUGUGACAACGAGUGGAACACCCCCAGCUGCAUCGAGAUCUUCCACCAUCAGGACUGCAAGAACGCCAGUCUGGCCAACACCACGGUGGGCAACAGCAACAUGACCUGCGCUGACCUGGCCGACGCCCGCUCUCCCAUCAUAGAGUUCUGGGAGAACAAGGUGCUGAACAUCUCAUCCGGUCUGGACGAACCUGGAAAGCUGAACUGGGAGCUGAUGCUGUGCCUGGUGGCGGUCUGGGUUCUGGUUUACUUCUGCGUCUGGAAGGGCGUGAAGUCCACCGGGAAGAUUGUGUAUUUUACCGCCACGUUCCCGUAUGUGGUCCUCAUCAUCCUGCUGGUCAGAGGAGUCACCCUUCCCGGGGCGUACGACGGCAUCAUGUACUACAUCAAGCCGGACUGGUCCAAACUGGAGGAGGCACAGGUGUGGAUAGAUGCUGGAACGCAGAUCUUCUUCUCUUACGCCAUCGGCCUCGGAGCGCUGACUGCGUUAGGCAGCUACAAUCGCUUCAAUAACGACUGCUACAAGGACGCCUUCGUUCUGGCGCUCAUCAACAGCGGCACCAGCUUCUUUGCCGGUUUCGUGGUCUUCUCCAUUCUGGGCUUCAUGGCUGCAGAGCAGGGAGUCGACAUCUCCCAAGUGGCAGAAUCAGGUCCGGGUCUGGCCUUCAUCGCGUACCCCAAGGCGGUCAGCCUGAUGCCCGUGGCCCCCCUGUGGGCGGCGCUCUUCUUCUUCAUGCUGCUGCUGCUCGGACUGGACAGUCAGUUCGUGGGCGUGGAGGGUUUCGUCACCGGGAUCCUGGACCUGAUUCCUGGAAAGCAUUACCACAGAUACAAGCGAGAGAUUGCCGUGGCGAUCUGCUGCUUACUGUGUUUCAUUAUUGACCUCUCCAUGGUGACGCAGGGAGGGAUGUACGUCUUCCAACUGUUUGACUACUACUCUGCCAGCGGGAUGACGCUGCUGUGGCAGGCAUUCUGGGAAUGUAUAGUAGUGGCCUGGGUCUAUGGAGCCGACCGGUUCAUGGACGACGUGGCCCGGAUGAUCGGAUACCGGCCGUUCCCGUGGAUGAAGUGGUGCUGGUCCUUCAUAACGCCGUGUGUUUGCAUUGGCAUCUUUCUGUUCCAUCUGGUCAACUACAAGCCUCUGACCUACAACACGGAGUACGUGUACCCGUGGUGGGGCGAGGUGAUUGGCUGGUGCUUGGCGCUCUCCUCCAUGCUCUGCAUUCCCACCACGAUCCUCUACAAGCUCUUCAGGGCCAGAGGAACCUUCAGAGAGCGUUGGGCCCACCUGACCACUCCGGUGUGGGGGGCUCAUCACCUGGAGUACAUGGCCCCCGACGUCAAGUCUCUGAGCCCGCUGUCGCCCGGAACGGACGACAACAAAGUCAUCAUCUUUGAGAGCGUCAUGUAGGCGGGGCCCCGCCCACCCCGCACGCCACACGGAGGCCAACACCCCCCCCCUCUACCUCCACACAGGACAUUCAGCUGAUUCACCAACACCACCCUCUCCACCUGAUCCCCGCCCCCACAGAUUCACAAACAGAGUUAGCCCCUCCCCCUUUAAUGAAGGAAAUGGAUCUGAGUCAGAGACAGACAGACGAGAGCAUCACAGACACGCAGACAGAUACGCAGACAGACAGACAGACAGACAAGAACAUCACAGACACGCAGACAGACAGAGAGACGUGCAGACAGACAGAUACGCAGACAG